CUAUCUUCAGUCGCCCUUGAAAUCUCUCACCAUCCGCUCGAUUUGUCGUCAGUGCGCCUCCGGAUUCAAACACGACCGCAACUACACCGAAGACAAUUCGUGAGUUACACGCAGUUUUUCUUUUAAAGUGAACUAUUUUUUUUUUUUUAAUUGCUGAGAGUGUUCAUCAGACAAGCACAUACCCUGAGUGCUAAGUAAUUAUUAGACAUUUUGGACAAGACCAACUCAUCAUAAUUUUCAGCUCCAUUGACGACUGGUGAGUACAUAGUAUUAACUCACUCUACCUUUUCAUGCCAUGAAUAGGAUAACGAAGUUAAAAGCUCCGGGCGCUCGUAAUCCAGAAUUGACAGGACGGGGACAUGAGUCGGCUAUUCCGUUUGCGUUGGUGGUGUUGGGCGCUUUUAGCGAUACCGCUGGCCAGAUUACCACUAGCUCUUGCCGCUACAGACGAAGCGGAACCGGAUUUCAUCGGGCAAAUAGACAACGUGACGGUAGCUCAGGGUCGAGAUGCCAUCCUAUCGUGUACAGUUUCCCACUUGAACGACUACACGGUUGGCUGGGUGAAGGUGGACACGAAAGCUAUUCAGGCCACUGGCAGGCGAGUGGUGACCUUAAAUACCCGCGUCUCAGUCGAGAACAUUCCCGAUUCGCCCGUUUGGAAACUGAUCAUCAAGAGCGCCCAACCCGACGACGCUGGCUACUAUAUGGCGCAAAUCAACACGGACCCGAUGAAAAGCCAAAUGGCUUACUUAUCCGUAAUGGAACCGCCUAAUAUUGACGACGAAGCGACGCCCAGCGUUAGGCAAGUGCGUGAAAAUGAAUCAGUUGAACUCUACUGCCAAGCUACUGGCCAGCCAAUGCCGAUCAUUGCCUGGAAACGGGAGGACGGUACCAACAUCAGUCACGAUCCUUGCCGUCACGCUAAUGACACGCAUCAAAAACUUGUACCAUCCGUGGACUCACUACCCAAGGGUUACGGCCGAUUAUGCAUCGCUGCGGCCGAUCGCUCAUCAAUGGGCACAUACUUUUGUAUAGCUUCGAAUGGCGUACUGCCGUCGGUCAGCAAACGUAUCCAACUGGUCGUGUUAUUCCCGACAGCUAUCAGGGCAGAGAAACCAUUAGUGGGAGCUCCCGCAGGAGUCAACGGCAUUGGCCUGGAGUGCAUUGUUGAGGCCUCGCCUAUGAGCCAUCAUCUUUUCUGGUACUUUGGCAACGUUUCCAUCGGACCGAACGAGCGACACACAAUGACUAUUCAUAAGAUCAAUGCCUACACCAUCAAGAUGACGCUGGCAAUUUUGAAUCUACGGGAAACAGAUGCCGGUCUUUAUCGGUGCCAAGCGGGCAGAAGCGAAGCUACAAUACGGCUUUAUAUACACACUCCAAUGACGACGCCAUCUCGGUCAACAACUACGGAAUUCACGCUGGACAUUAGAACGACGCCAUGGAAAGAGAGGCAGCCACAGACGAGUGCUGCUCAUUUGGCUAUUAUUCAAUCGCCGGUUAUCACGACGGAACCUUACCGGCCCGUCACGCUCGUUCGGCACACAUUGUCGCAGGCCGAGGUGCUCACCAGCAACAACGGACCAGUGCAGGAAGUCGUUUACAAGAACCUCUCUGUUCACAGAAGUCCUCCCAGUAGCUCAAUGGCAUCCGAUUUGAAAUACCAUCGGCCUACUGGCCAACUAAUGUUGAUGUUUUCAAUGAUUGCAAUUUUUACUCAGGUGAUCAGCUUUGUAUCGUGUUAAGAAAAGUGAACGAGAGUGGGGGUUAUUCAAGAGAAUCGACGAAAUCGAUGUAACCAUAGCAGUUUCCCGGUGUGUGAGUUGUGUACAUUAUCGUGACAGCCGUUUGGUAAUCGUCUAGAUCAAACUGCGAUACGUAGAAUUCAAUGUUUGAUUAUCCUUUAUUUUAUUUCAACGUCUUUAUGGGUAUUUUUUGUUCUACUUUGUUCUAGGAGAAUCGGUUUUUCUUUCCAGUAUUACUGAAAAAUGUAUUCAAAUGGUAAUAACUAACUGGUAAGCAAUGUCCCACUUUUUGAUAAAGAGUGAAACGGGAUAUUGAAAAGUUGUGUAACGGCUAGAACGUUUGCGAAUUUGUUCGUCAUAACGUUAAGGUUUCAUGUCUCUCUUUUAAUUUCUUGUUUACAAUUUACAAUCAGUUAUUGAAGUCAAGAAGGCCAAAAGAUAUUCGGGUUU